CGAGAAAAGUUGACUACAAUCAGAAAUAACUUAUAACCAUGGCCGCACAAAUCAGCCCAACCGACCAGGCAAAACUGCAAAUGAUGCAAGAAAUGGAAAUCGAAAUGAUGUCGGAUUUGUACAAUAGAAUGACAAACUCGUGUCAUAAAAAGUGUAUCCCGCCGAAAUAUGGGGAAGCAGACUUAGGGAAAGGGGAAUCGGUCUGUAUAGAUCGUUGCGUUGCAAAGUACUUGGACAUUCAUGAACGAAUAGGCAAGAAAUUAACAGCUAUGUCAAUGCAAGACGAGGACCUGAUGAAAAAGAUGGCCGGAGAACAGAAAUGAUUUGAAUUUUCGUCUAGUAUGUUGUGAAGAUGAAUAUUAGUGUUUAAAUUAGUUUUGUUUUUAUACAAUAUAGUAUAGCUGUAAACAAUA